UGUUAUGCAUCCCUCCCCCAUCCUGGGUACCAGUUGGGCGCUUUCGGGUGCUGGCAGUUGAAGAGAUGGAACAGCUUCCUCAGGAACGCCCAGCCCCUUAAAACGCUGCUGACCAGAGCCGCCCUACUCCCUGCAGCCUUCAGCAGGGAUGGAAUGAAAGGGGACCCCUUGACCUGCCCGCGGGGAUCAGCAAUGGAGUUAAAGCAAUCUCUGUCUGUCCAUUUGGAAGCCGAGAAGCCUCUGAGGCGCUAUGGGGCGGUGGAGGAGACAGCAUGGAAAGCGGAGGGACUGGGAAGCCAGCUGGACAUCAUCUCCAUGGCUGAGACCAGCAUGAUGCCAGAAGAGAUUGAGUUGGAAAUGGCGAAAAUCCAGCGUCUCCGUGAAGUCCUGGUCCGUCGAGAGUCAGAACUCAGGUUCAUGAUGGAUGACAUUCAGCUCUGCAAAGACAUCAUGGACCUGAAGCAGGAGCUGCAGAAUUUGGUUGCCAUUCCAGAAAAAGACAAAAACAAGCUUCAGAAGCAGAGAGAGGAUGAGUUAAUCCAGAAGAUCCACAGACUGGUGCAGAAGAGAGAUUUCCUGGUGGAUGAUGCUGAGGUGGAACGGUUAAGGGAACAGGAAGAAGACAAGGAAAUGGCUGAUUUCCUGAGGAUCAAGUUAAAACCUCUAGACAAAGUAACCAAAUCUUCAGCCAGCUCCCGGGCAGAGAAGAAGGCAGAUCCCCCACCUAGCAAGCCAACUGUGGCCAAGACAGGCCUGGCACUCAUCAAGGAUUGCUGUGGGGCCACCCAGUGCAACAUCAUGUAGCCCCUAUGUGGGGUACCCCAGAGCCAUGGGGACCAUCUCUCCCACCCUCUUGUCCUCAUAGCCCCCAUUUUACA